AUGGCUGCUCAUAUUCCCUUGUGUAUGGGGUUCUUCUUCACCACAGUUUCACAAUUCCUAUCCACUUUGGCACUACCAGACAAUUACAUUAUUCACAUGGACUUAUCGGCAAUGCCUCGGGCCUUCUCCAGCCAUCAUAGCUGGUACUUGGCCACGCUUGCCUCUGUAACGGACCUUAGCACCACCACAACUGCCAGUAACCCAACUUCUUCAUCCACCUCUAAACUUAUCUAUGGUUAUACCAAUGUUGUUCAUGGUUUUAGUGCUAGUCUUUCUCUUUCUGAGCUCGAAGCUAUUAAAAACUCCCCGGGCUAUGUCUCGUCAAUUAGAGACAUGUCUGCUAAAGUUGACACGACUCACUCGUUCCAAUUCCUUGGCCUAAACUCCAAUUCCGGAGCAUGGCCAAGUUCCGACUAUGGCAAAGAUAUCAUAAUUGGUUUAGUCGAUACAGGAGUUUGGCCCGAGAGCAAAAGUUUCAAAGACGAUGGAAUGUCAGAAAUUCCAUCAAGAUGGAGAGGUGAAUGUGAAAAUGGCAACCAAUUUAAUUCAUCUAUGUGCAACAAGAAACUCAUUGGAGCUCGUUAUUUCAACAAAGGCCUACUUGCCAGUUUUCCUAACCUGACAAUCUCGAUGAAUUCUGCUCGUGACACCGACGGACAUGGUACUCACACUUCAUCCACAGCUGCUGGAAAUUAUGUGGAAGGUGCAUCUUACUUCGGUUAUGCCCCGGGAACCACCAGAGGCAUGGCUCCUCGGGCUCGAGUGGCAAUCUACAAGGCCCUUUGGGCUGAGGGUGUAUUCAUGUCUGAUGUUCUGGCUGCAAUUGAUCAAGCAAUCAUCGAUGGCGUUGAUGUCUUGUCCCUAUCAUUGGGUGUUGAUGGUGUUCCUUUGUAUGAAGACCUCAUCGCCAUUGCUACCUUUGCAGCCUUGGAGAAAGGUAUAUUCGUCUCUACCUCAUCGGGAAACGAGGGACCUUACCUCGAGUCCCUGCACAAUGGGACACCUUGGGUUCUCAAUGUUGCUGCUGGUACCAUAGAUCGGGAAUUCAUAGCAAUUGUAACUUUAGACAAUGGAGUUUCGAUUUUGGGGUCAUCUCUCUAUCCUGGCAAUUCAAUUUCAAGCAAAGUCCCAAUGGUUUUCAUGGAUUCCUGCGAUGACGUGAAGGAAUUGAACAAAAUUGGGCACAAGAUUGUUGUGUGCCAAGACAAGAAUGAUACCAUCAGUGAACAAGUUUACAAUGUGAAAAAUGCUAGAGUUUCCGGUGGUGUCUUCAUAACCAAUAACACCGACAUAGGUUUCUACAUUCAGGCCCCAUUUCCAGCAGUGUUUUUGAAUCCUGAGAAUGGUGAAAUCCUUUUGGAUUACAUCAAGAACAGCUCUAUCCCAAAGGUAGUAAGUGUUAAGUUCCAAGGAACAAGUCUUGGUACUAAACCAGCACCGAAAGCCACUAGCUAUAGCUCGAGAGGGCCAUCACCAAGCUGCCCAUUUGUCAUGAAGCCAGAUCUUAUGGCUCCUGGUGAUCUGAUCUUAGCUUCAUGGCCUGAGAAUACAUCGGUGGCCGAUCUGAGUUCCAGGGACCUUUUUAAUAGCUUCAAUAUCUUGUCUGGUACAUCAAUGGCAUGCCCACAUGCUGCUGGAAUUGCAGCAUUGCUUAGAGGGGCUCACCCGGAAUGGAGUCCGGCAGCGAUUCGAUCGGCCAUGAUGACCACCUCAGAUGGACUGGACAAUACAUUCAACCCCAUUGAAGACAUUGGAUUUAAUAACCAACCCGCCAGUCCUCUAGCCAUUGGAGCUGGACACAUCAAUCCAAACAAGGCCUUAGACCCCGGACUCGUUUACGAUGUCCAACUCGAGGAUUACAUUAACCUCCUUUGUGCAUUGAAUUUCACCUCAAAGCAAAUUCAAACAAUCACAAGGUCAUCUUCUCACAACUGCUCAAACCGAUCUUUGGAUCUUAAUUACCCAUCUUUCAUUGCCUAUUUCAAUGCAAAUUACACGAACCGCGACGUCAAAAUUGUUCAAGAAUUUCAAAGGACGGUGACUAAUGUUGGAGAUGGAAUGUCAAGCUAUUCAGCAAAACUGACACCCAUUGAUGGAUUAACCGUCACCGUUGCGCCCGACAAAUUGGUUUUUCGUGAGAAGUACGAAAAGCAAAGCUACAAGCUGAGUAUUGAAGGUCCAGGACUGCUCAAAGAUUUGGUGGUUUAUGGCUCACUGAAUUGGGUAGAUAGUGAAGGAUUCUAG